AUCAUCACUCUUCAAAUAAUAUUAAUAUACAGUAGAGUUCGUAACGUUCGAUCGUCUUCUCCCAUUAAAUCGUUUUUGUUUCAUUUUUGGUUUUUGUGUCUAAAACAUUGCGAUGAUUACCUCCGGGAAGCCAGUAAACUUCAAGGAGGUGCCCUCCGAAAUGCCACCACCGAAGCGCAUUCACCUCGAAAGCGAACCGAAGACGGUGGCCGAGGCCAUCAACUUUCUAAAGGCGCAGUGCGACACUCGUCCAGAACCGAAAAAGAAGCAGGAUGAUCCUGCCCUGGAUGGACCCACUGUGGCCGACGAGCUGAACGCCCGCCUUGCCAUGGUCCAUGUCCGUGAGCCACGCAGUAAACGCAUAAAGCGCCUGGUCAAGUAUCCCCUCCACGACACCCAAGGACUGUACAGGUUCAUCUGCGUCUGUCCGCGCUACCAUCCCUGUUAUGUUCCCUGCCAGCACACCGGCCAGAUUAUCAUCGACAGAGAUGUGUUGUCGCGCGAGGAGCACAUCUGCUUCCUGGCCACGCCCAAAAAGGACUUCUCGUCGCCCCAGCUGGGCAAGCAGGCACGCUACUACACCAAGAAGAUCUUUGUCAACCAGUGUACAGCUCGUAUCGAGCGUCUAGCCGAUCCGCAUCCGCUGCGAGUUGUCGACACAUUUAAUCUGUUUAGAGAGGUUCUCGCGCCACGACAGUUGGCCGCCCUGGAGAAUCAGAUGAAGGCGAAGCCCCCCGUGGAGGCCAUGAGCAUGGAAAAGGCAGUGGAGUACAUGGAAGAGGAAAUGCGCCAGCGACGGGCUGCUAAGCGUGUGCUCCAGCGACGCUGCAAGGGUCUCAAGAAGCGCAUCCUGCAGCGCCAGCGCAAACAAAUGCAAAAGAUGAUCUGUGUCUUGUUUGAGGAAAUGAAGGACUUCCUGUUGAACGAUCAGUUUAUUGUGGACGAGAACUCGCCACUUUGUUGUGUCAUCCUAGAACGGCUACGGGAGUUUACAGAUCAAGAGUUCUAUACCACCAGUAAUCUUCGCGAAUAUCAAAGGAUAUUGGCCAAUAAUUUAACCGUUUGGAUCAACAAGUUCAUCUCGAACUUGAACAUCUACUUGGCGCCACAACAGAUACCUGUCCAGCGUCCUAUGAUGGCAGAGAACGAUCCCGAACAGUUUGUACCCUUGUCGGAUUACAUUUCUGUGUCGGAUAUACCAGAAGAGGAGGAGAUGAUGGGCGACUUGGAGGGCGGAUAUGGCGAGUACGACGACUAUGGCUAUGGCGAGGACUACUUGCCAGACGUUUUAAACGACGACACCGGCUCAGAGGAGACACUGAUAGCUUAAAGCCACUUACCCUUCAACUGGGACCAAUUAAGCUCCUUGUAAACUCCGUUGCUGUGCACCUUAGCACCGUGAUUUUUUAAGAUGUCCACCGGCAUGGCGCGGAAUAGAAAGUGUAGGAAAUUCUGUAAUGUAAUGAAAUUCUAGAGUGCAUUCCCAAAUCAAUAGUAAUUUAAAAAAAAGUGGUCUUUCA